UCAAAGUUUAAUUGAAAAUUCAUAAAAUAUUUUAAUUUUGCAAAGUGGCCAUGAUAUUAAGAUUAGCAUUAUGGGUUUCUGUAUUUGCUGCGUUUAUUAUUGACACGAGGCAAGAAGUUUCAUAUUGUUUCGAUGAUCCUAACAACCCAGGACAACGAAUAUGCACUACCUUCGUUGGUCCGGGAAUACACACAUUAAAUAUUUCUUUAACCAGAACUAGUCCGUUAUCGCGUGUGACAACCACUGAUAUGCGUACGGUUACGACUAGUAUAACGCGUGAGGGUAGAACCAGUACUACGCGUGAGGAUAUAACUAGUACUACGCGUGAAGAUAGAACCACUACAACGCGUGAGGAUAUAAGUCGUACUACGCGUGAGGGUAGAACCAGUACUACGCGUGAAGGCAGAACCAGUACUACGCGUAGUAGACCCGACCCAGCGCGGACGACGAGAGCUGACCCAACGCGGACGACGAGACGGACGAACGAUGGCCAGUCAACGAACAACAAUGAACAAUUAUCGGCGGGUCCGAACAUAAAACCAAUGCACUGUACGGGAUCGGCUAAGUGCAUACCAAUAUCAUUCGACCAGGAUACACCCAGACAGACAACAAGAACUACGAAAUUGACUACAACACACUCGCAAACGUCGACGGCGACGGCCAGAAAUGGUGGAUCGAAUAACCCGCCUUCUACAGACUCGAGUAAUACAACAAAUAACGGUGGGUCGAAUAACUCGCCUUCCACAGACUCGAAUAGUUCAACAAAUAAUGGUGGGUCCAAUAAUCCUACGACAAAAACAACUGGACAGACAGAAACUGAUGGCAAAUUUAUGAUUAAGUGUAGAGGAGCGGCCAAGUGUAUUCCUAUAGUUUUUUAGAUCUGCCGGCAUAGACAAUGCGCCUAUAUUAGCGAGUGAGAUGGUACUGCUAUCUACAACAUCAAACAA